CCUUCACAGGACCCAGCCUACCAUGGGUUCCUGGUGUACUACGAUUUGGAUUUUUAUCUGGGCCAUUUCAUCCACCUCCUGUGUGGAAAUCAAACAUGCUAGAUUACCAAACCACAGAGAUCAUGUCUGCAGCACCUGGGGAAACAAUCACUUUAAGACUUUCGACGGGAAUUUUUAUACGUUUCCUGGAACUUGCGACUAUAAUUUUGUGUCUGACUGCAAUCAAGUGUAUAAAGAUUUCUCCGUUCAAAUUAAACGCACAAUCUCUAAGGGGCAUCCCAAGAUACAUUAUAUCACAACAACAAUCAAGGAUAUUGUGAUUUUUAUGACAGCCAAAAUUGUGGUCAUCAAUGGAGCUAUAGUCUCACUCCCUUACUAUGGAUCUGGUCUGUAUAUAGAACAAAAUGUUCAAUAUACUAAACUCUAUGGAAAAUUUGGGUUGACUCUAAUGUGGAACAGAGAGGAUGCUUUAAUGGUGGAACUUGAUGUGAAAUUUCAAAAUACGACCUGUGGGCUCUGUGGAGAUUACAAUGGGCUUCCUUUAUACAAUGAAUUCAUUGCAGAUGGCCAACAAUUUUCAUCAAUUCAUUUUGGAAAUCUGCAAAAAGUCCAUCAGCCAAACGAGCAAUGUGAAGAUGUAGAUGAACGUGAGAUAGAAACCAGUGCUUUGUGUGAGCAAUAUAGAGAAGCUUGUGAAAAUCUCCUUUCAAAAAACGCAUUUGCAGAUUGCAAGUCCCGCUUAAAUAUCGAACAUUAUAUACAGGCCUGCAUACAAGACAUGUGCACCUGCAGUAAAGUCUUAGAUUCAUUCUGCUUGUGUAGCACAGUCUCUGAAUAUUCCAGGCAAUGCUCCCAUGCUGGUGGGAAACCAGAAAACUGGAGGACAGAGACAUUUUGCCCAAAGAAAUGUCCUUUAAACAUGAUCCAUAAGGAAAGUGGCUCUCCCUGUAUGAACAGUUGUUCUCAUCUCGACACAAGCAGUUUGUGUGAGGAGCACUACAUGGAUGGCUGCUUCUGUCCAUCAGGAACGGUGCUUGAUGACUACUCUGGCACUGGAUGCAUUAGUGUGAAGGAGUGUAAAUGUACAAUAAAGGGCAAACAUUAUGAUCCAGGCGCUCUGAUUUCAACAGAAUGUGAAGAAUGUCUCUGUGACGGAGGUAAAUGGCUGUGCAAAAAUCUACCAUGUCCAGGUGUCUGCUCAUUUGAGGGAGGAGCACAUGUCUCCACUUUUGAUGGCAUGAAAUACACAUUUCACGGUGACUGCUAUUACAUUCUUUCUAAGGACUGCGAUAAGCAGCAGUACACACUGCUGGCAGAAAUAGCUCCAUGUGGAACAAUUGUAUCAGAAACUUGCCUAAAAACACUAGUGUUAACAACUGACCAUAGGCAAAAUGUGCUUAUUUUUAAAGAUAAUGGGGAUGUUCUUCUUAAUGGAGUCAAAACAACAUUACCACUGGUAACAGCAAAUUAUACUGUUUUCCAACCAUCAACAUUCCACAUCCUGUUAGAGACCCGGUUUGGCCUGCAGCUGCAAGUCCAACUAAUUCCUCUAAUGCAAGUCUACAUAACACUAGACCAAUCAUACAAAGGGAAAACAUGCGGUUUCUGUGGGAAUUUUAAUGAUAUUCUGUAUGAUGAUUUCAAGGCAAGUGAUGGCAUAAUUGAGGGAACAGCUGCAUCCUUUGCAAAUACAUGGAAAGCCCAGCGGAAAUGUGUGGAUAAAACAGAUCGUCUGGAAAACCCUUGCACUAUCAGUGUGGAAAACAAAAACUAUGCUGAGUACUGGUGUUCACUUUUAAAAGAACCUGGAGGAGAUUUUGCGCCCUGCCAUUCCACCAUUCAACCAAAUGAAUAUUUCAAGAAAUGUAUGUAUGACAGUUGCAACUGUGAUAAAAAUGAGGACUGCAUGUGUUCUGCACUAUAUUCAUAUGUUCGAGCCUGUGCAAGCAAAGGGGUCAUGUUAACUAAUUGGCGGACAAAAGUAUGUGACUCUUACACGAAGACCUGUCCGGAGACACUAAUAUACAGUUAUGAUGUGAAAAGUUGCAAGCGCACAUGCCAUUCUCUGAGUGAGAAGGAUAUUACCUGCGGAAUCCAACACGUGCCAGUGGAUGGAUGUGGCUGCGCUGAUGGAAUGUAUAUGAAUGAAAAAGGCAGAUGCGUGCCCUCAUCUGAGUGUCCAUGCCUCUAUCAGGGCACCCUCUUAAAUGCUGGAGAGAUAAUUAAUCAAGGAGAUACACAUUGCGUGUGUCAAGAUGGAAAAAUGCAGUGCAUUGUAUCGCUGUAUAGAAUACAAAAAUGUUUUCCACCCAAGAUCUAUUUAAGUUGCAAUACUACAGAGCCAGGCACAACAGGGACAGAGUGUCGUCGUACUUGUGGAAACCAAAAUCUGGACUGUUACAGUGAGAAAUGUGUGUCAGGCUGUGUUUGCCCUGAGGGGAUGAUGGACGACAGAAAUGGAAGUUGUGUUAUUGAAGACAAUUGCCCCUGUGUGCACAAUAAUUUUCAUUAUCCAUCCGGAAGCAGAAUCUCAGUUGAUUGUAACACUUGUACUUGCCAGAAAGGCAGCUGGGACUGUACAAAUAUUCCCUGCUUUGGAGCAUGUACAAUAUAUGGGAGUGGUCACUACAUUACAUUUGAUGGCAAGCGCUACAAUUUUGAUGGAAACUGUGAAUACAUUGCUGCACAGGAUUACUGUGGAGAUAAUCUUACCAAUGGCACCUUCAGCGUAAUUACAGAAAACAUUCCCUGUGGAACAACUGGAACAACAUGUUCUAAAUCAAUCAAACUGUUCUUUGAGAAUUUUGAAUUGAAACUAGCUGAAGGAAAACAUGAAAUAAUUCAGAGGAAUGAAAACAACAAGAUCCCUUUCACUAUCCGUAUUCUUGGCCUUUAUCUGACUGUGGAAGCUGACAAUGGGUUGAUUCUAAUAUGGGACAAAAAGACUAGUGUUUUUAUUAAGUUGAGCCCUUCUUACCAGGGUUAUAUUUGUGGCUUAUGUGGCAAUUUUGAUGGAAACGCCAACAAUGACUUCAUGACAAGAAGCCAGUCUGUUGUUGCUGAUGUAAUUGAGUUUGGAAAUUCCUGGAAGCUAACUGCUAACUGCCCGGAUGCUGAGCCCAAUGAUGACCCUUGCACUGAGAAACCACACCGCAAAGGCUGGGCACAAAAGCAAUGCUCCAUAAUUACAAGUGACAUCUUUGCAAAUUGUCAUAAAAUGGUUGAUCCAAAUCCAUUUUAUGAUUCUUGUGUCCAUGAUUCAUGUUCUUGUGACAGUGGUGGAGAUUGUGAGUGUUUUUGCACUGCUGUAGCUGCCUAUGCUUUUGCCUGCAAUGAAACUGGGGUGUGCAUUGACUGGAGGACCCCUGAAAUCUGUCCCAUGUACUGCAGUUUCUACAACCCUUCUCCUGAAAUGUGUGAAUGGCAUUAUUAUCCUUGUGGAUUCCCCUGCUUUAAAUCGUGCCUAAACCCACUUGGCCUCUGCAACAUCACGUUCCAGUUAGAAGGGUGUUAUCCCAAAUGUCCAGAAAAUACACCCAUCUAUGAUGAACAUUCAAAACAGUGUGUUGCUCAAUGUGGCUGUUAUGAAAAUGGAAAAUAUUAUGAAAUUAAUGAAACUAUUGAAACCACAAACAACUGUGAGAAAUGCUUGUGCACACCAGAAGGUAUUAAAUGCAUGAACGACAGCAGUGCUUGUGUUUGUAUAUACAAUGGCACAGUGUACCAUCCAAAUGAAGUUAUCUACAACAUAACAGAUGGGCUAGGAGAUUGCAUUGUGGCAUAUUGUGCUGACAAUGGAACAAUUAUUAGAAUAAUAAGCCCUUGUGCACCAACUAGUACCACCACAACAACACCACUGACUAUUUCGCCAUUUUCAAUCACAGCCAGUACAGAAAUUAAGUCAUCAACUUCAACUGUUCCCACAACCAGCAAAAUACUGAGCACUACUUGUGUGAUAGUGGAACAAUGUGAAUGGACCCAAUGGAUAAGUGUAACCAAGCCAAACUCUGGCUUUUCGGGAGGUGAUUUUGAAACAUAUGAUAAAAUUAAGGAGCAUGGAUAUGCAAUUUGUGAUGCUCCAAGCAACAUUGAAUGCAGAGCCAUACAUGCACCAGAUGUAGAACUGGAAGAUAUCGAACAAACAGUACAGUGCAAUAUUUCUUUUGGUCUCAUAUGUGAAAACAAGAACCAAAAUUACAUGAAAACGUGCUACGACUAUGAAAUCCAACUGUUAUGCUGUAAUUUUAUAUGUCAAGCUCCAACAACAACAACAGAAUCAAGGACAACCACGGCGCAUAUUACCACAAUGACUUCUGCAGAAUCAACACCACGGAUUCCCACAGGUGUUCAAACAUCACACUCAACAGCAACAACAGCACAGAGUACAACAACAACAGAAGUUUCAAAGGCAACAAAUGAAUCACCAACUACCCCGAAAAUAUUCAGAACGACGACUGUGAUGCCAACAACAGUCCAAACAAAAGAAUCAUCCACUUCAACUCCACAUUCAUCCAAAUUCCCAACAACAAGCACAAAUAAGCAUUCAACUACCAGUAUAAAAAUACACACUGGCUCGACAACAACUACAACCUGUACAACUGAAACCACAGAGACAGGGGAAACACAUUCACCCACCGCUCCACCUUCAACCACCUCCCCAGUCACAACAUUCUCUGCAACAACGACCACAACAUCACCCACACCCACAGGACCACCUCAAUCAUCAUCAACAUCACACAAAACACAACCGUCAACCACUUCCACCAGUGCUUCUCCAACUGUGACCACGAUCACAUCGACACCGAGUGAAACACCAACUGAAACAAGGCAAACAUCAACCUCACCCACUACAGUCACUUUAACCCCAAAAACAACGAGCACUUCAACAAGCACAACAGUGACUGCAACUACAACUGCUCAGUCACCAUCCCCAACAGCAACAAUCAGCAUAACGUCACCUUCUACAGAAACCAGAACUAUGACAGUAUCCAAAAUAUCAACCACAACCACAGCAUCAACGCCGAUAACAUCUUCAAAGCUGCCAACAUCCACACCCACUCCACAUUCAACUAGCACUGCGGAAACACCCACCGGCUCAAAGACAACGACAACCUGUACAACUGAAACCACAGGGACAGGGGAAACACAUUCACCCACCGCUCCACCUUCAUCCACCUCCCCAAUCACAACAUUCUCUGCAACAACGACCAUAACAUCACCCACACCCACACCCACAGGACCACCUCAAUCAUCUUCAACAUCACACAAAACACAAUCGUCAACCACUUCCACCAGUGCUUCUCCAACUGUGACCACGACCACAUCGACAGCUAGUGAAACACCAACUGAAACAAGGCAAACAUCAACCUCACCCACUACAGUCACUUUAACCUCAAAACCAACGAGCACUUCAACAAGCACAACCGUGACUGCAACUACAACUGCUCAGUCUUCAACCCCAACAGCAACAAUCAGCAUAACGUCACCUUCUACAGAAUCCACAACCAUGACAGUAUCCAAAAUAUCAACUACAACCACAGCAUCAACCCCGAUAACAUCUUCAAAACUGCCAACAUCCACACCCACUCCACAUACAACUAGCACUGCGGAAACACCCACCGUCUCAAAGACAACGACAACCUGUACAACUGAAACCACAGGGACCGAGGAAACACAUUCACCCACCGCUCCACCUUCAACCACCUCCCCAAUCACAACAUUCUCUGCAACAACGACCAUAACAUCACCCACACCCACAGGACCACCUCAAUCAUCUUCAACAUCACACAAAACACAAUCGUCAACCACUUCCACCAGUGCUUCUCCAACUGUGACCAUGACUACAUCGACAGCUAGUGAAACACCAACUGAAACAAGGCAAACAUCAACCUCACCCACUCCAGUCACUUUAACCCCAAAAACAACGAGCACUUCAACAAGUACAACGGUGACUGCAACUACAACUGCUCAGUCAUCAACCCCAACAGCAACAGUCAGCAUAACGUCACCUUCUACAGAAUCCACAACCAUGACAGUAUCCGAAACAUCAACUACAACCACAGCAUCAACGCCGAUAACAUCUUCAAAACUGCCAACAUCCACACCCACUCCACAUUCAACUCGCACUGCGGAAACACCCACCGGCUCAAAGACAACGACAACCUGUACAACUGAAACCACAGGGACCGAGGAAACACAUUCACCCACCGCUCCACCUUCAACCACCUCCCCAGUCACAACAUUCUCUGCAACAACGACGACAACUUCACCCACACCCACACCCACAGGACCACCACAAUCAUCAUCAACAUCACACAAAACACAAUCGUCAACCACUUCCACCAGUGCUUCUCCAACUGUGACCACGACCACAUCGACAGCUAGUGAAACACCAACUGAAACAAGGCAAACAUCAACCUCACCCACUACAGUCACUUUAACCCCAAAAACAACGAGCACUUCAACAAGCACAACGGUGACUGCAACUACAACAGCUCAGUCAUCAUCCCCAACAGCAACAAUCAGCAUAACGUCACCUUCUACAGAAACCACAACCAUGACAGUAUCAACAAUAUCAACCACAACCACUGGCUCUACAACAACUACUAUCUGUACAACUGAAACGGUAGAGACUACUGAAUCACAGUCAACCUUAUCUCCAUCUUCACCCACCUCCCAAGUCACAAAAUCCUCUACCAUGGCAACGUCUUCACUUGUUUCAACUGUGUCACCAAAUGUAACAUCUCCAACAACUUUCCAAUCAUCAACGUCCAGAAUUACUAGAAUGCCUCCACCUAUAUUUACAAGCAUAACCUCUGUGAGUUCUGCUACCUCUGAAAAUGUCACCGUCAGUCAGUCUACCACAAAUGUCAACAAAUGGAGCACAACUACUGCAGUCACUGUUCCAGUCACCAGGACUGCAUCAGCAAGUACUGUGUCUGCAACUACGAUCAAGAUACCUUCAACAUUUUCUCAACCAACACCGACUGCUUCCUCUGUGAAUUCAACGAUUUCUCCUACUACAAGCUAUCCAUCUGCAACAACAGAAUGUUUUUGCAUUGUAAACGGAACUGUGUAUUCUCAAGGUGAAACUAUAUAUAACUACACUGACAAAGAUGGAUUUUGCAUCUUUGCAAAAUGCAAUGCCACUUGUAGUAUUGAAAAACAUAUAUGGCCUUGUGGAACCACAACACCUUCUCCUACAAGCACACCUAUGAGUAGUACCAGCUAUACAACUGAAACUAUCACAAAAAUAGAAGCUUGUCCAGAUUUUGAUCCUCCAAGACAGCAUAAUGAGACAUGGUUACUCUGUGAAUGUUUAAUGGCAACAUGUAUAGAAAAGAAUAUCAUUUCCAUACAACCUGUGGUCUGUCCAACUGUUGAACCUCUUGAAUGUGCCAAUGGCCAUGAACCUGUCAAAGUGUACGAUGAAAAUGGUUGUUGUUACCAUUAUGAGUGUGACUGCUACUGCAAUGGAUGGGGAGGAUCACAUUUUGUUACAUUUGAUGGCCAAUACUACACCUAUGAUGGCAAUUGUACCUAUGUCCUUGUGGAAGAAACAACCCCAUCAUCUACCAAUUUUGGUAUUUACAUUGACAACUAUCACUGUGACGUUCAAAAUAGUGUCUCUUGCCCACAUGCUAUUAUGGUGAAAUUUGAAAACCUGGACAUACAGAUCACAAAUACUGAUCCAACUGGAAUUCAGCACCAGGUAACUGUUAAUGACAGCAUUGUGUCACUACCCUAUUCAAGAGAUGGUGUGAAAAUCUCCAGCUCAGGCCUUAAUGUGAUGCUUGAAAUUCCCAAACUAAAGGCAUUUGUUACGUUCAAUGGUUUAGCUUUUGCAAUCAAACUUCCAAGUGAAAUGUUUGAAAAUAAUACGCAAGGGCAGUGUGGAACAUGUAAUAAUGUUCGGAGUGAUGACUGUAUAUUGCCCAAUGGAAAGCCUGCAACCACCUGUUCUGAAAUGGCUGAAUACUGGCAAGUCAAAGAUUCCAACAAGCCAAACUGCAAUGGACCAUCCUCACGACCUACUCUAAGACCUCAAGUUACAGUCAGUCCCCAAACAACGCAAAAGCCUUGUAACUCUAAUUCUCUUUGCAAGCUCAUUACUAGCAAAUUGUUUACAGAAUGUCAUGAUCGCGUUUCACCAGACAAUUACUAUCAGGCGUGUGUGCAUGAUGAAUGUCGAAUGCCAAGUACCUCAGUGAUAUGUGCAAGCUUGCAAACCUAUGCAUCUGUCUGCAUGUCACACGGUAUCUGCAUUGAUUGGCGAAAUUACACAGAUGGGGUAUGCUCUUUUAAUUGUCCUUUAAACAAAGUUUACAAAGCAUGUGAAAUCUUUGAAGAGGAACUUACAUGCACUUCAAGCAAUUCAGAUAUGACCGGUCUUAACUUAUCAGAAGGAUGUUUCUGCCCAAAGGGUACCAUUCUUUUCAGCCCUGACACUGAUCUAUGUGUUAAUAAAUGUGGUUGCAUUGGACCUGAUGGAUUACCUAAAGAGUUUAAUGAAAGAUUUAAGUUCAAUUGCCAGGACUGUAUCUGUGACAAAAUCACACAUCGUGUUAUCUGUCAACCACACAAUUGUCCUAUCUUCCCUCCAAUGCCUUGUGAAGGAGAAGGAUUUAUCACUGUUAAUAUAACAGUCCCAGAUGAUGAUUGUUGUACAAAAACCGUGUGCAGGUGCAACAACCAUCUCUGUGCUCCAAAUGAGAAUAAAUGUGGUCUUGGAUUUAAAAUGGUGUCAGAGAUUCCAGAUGGGCAUUGUUGUCCAGUUUAUACUUGUGAGCCAAUGGGUGUCUGUGUUAAUGAAGGGGCAGAAUACUAUCCAGGCACGAUUAUUCAUCUCUCUCCUUGUCAAAGCUGCACUUGUACCAAUGAGACAGAUGUGCAAACUCUGAUAAACAUCAUUAAAUGUCGAAAUGUCGAAUGCAACAAGAAGUGUGGACAAGGUUCUGAAUAUAGAGAGAUAAUUGGAAGAUGCUGUGGUGAAUGUGUCCAAACUAGAUGUGUGAUAUACCCAGGAGAUCAAUCUGUUCAACUAUUACUGCCUGGCCAAACAUGGCCAUCACCUUAUAACAACUGCACAGUUUAUGGAUGCCUACAAAUUAAUGAUAGCUUAAUAUCGACUAGUUCCAAGCUGGUUUGUCCUGAUUUUCACCCAGAAGACUGUGAACCAGGCACAAUUACUAUGACUGAAGAUGGCUGUUGUCAAACAUGCCAAGAAAAACAGAGUUGUAAGCGAAUAAAAAAGAUGAUCCGGAUAACCCAUGAUGGAUGCCAAUCAUCAGACAAAAUAGAAAUUGCAGAAUGUGAAGGGAUGUGUGGUACUUACUCUAUGUAUUCUUCAGAAGUAAAUUCAAUGGAACACAAAUGUAACUGUUGUCAAGAGAUGAAGACCCACAAGAGGGAGAUUACUUUAAUAUGCCCUGAUGGAAGUACUGUUCAAUACUCAUAUGUCUAUGUGGAUUCAUGUCACUGCAUGGAAAAUAAUUGUGAGGAACCAACCAACUCACUUUCUAACAGCACAAUCCACGAAGUAUUUCGAGCGAAACGCAGUCCAGACAGAAUCAAUGAGUCUGGAGACAAGCUAAGCUUGAUCAAUUUACAAAAAGAGAGAGACUUCAUAAGCUUUAAUGAAGUCAAUGAAGCCAACAAACGUAAAAGGGAAAGAAGCUUAGAAAAUGAUCUACAAGAAAAUCAACCUAAGGAAAGAAAGCCAAGGCAUGGGAGACGAGCAAAUGCUCAGAAGCGUAUAAAGCUCACAUAAAACAAAUCAAAUAUUUUAGCAAAUAAAAUUCAUUCUGUUUGCUUCUUAGUUCCAAAAUUCACAAUGCUGAUGUUUAUUAACUGUUCACUUUCUUUUUAUUCAAGUUAGUUUCUAAUUAAAUAAGAUUAUUCUCAAAAAAUGUCUAUUUAUUAUCCUAAGUCCUAUUCCAAUAAAUAUUCUUAUUAUAUGCAGAACAAA